AUGGAUCCGGAUCGGGUGGCCGCGGGCCGGGGCCGGGCGCUGGGCCGCCUGCUGGAGGCGGUGCUGGCGAGCCGCGCCGAGGCCAAUGCCGUGUUCGACAUCCUGGCCGCGCUGCAGUCCGAGGACCCGGCGGAGAUCCAGGAAGCUGUCCGCAUAUGCAGCCGCCUGUUCGGGGCGUUGCUGGAGCGGGGAGAGCUGUUUGUGGGCCGGUUGCCCCCCGAGGAGGCCGUCAUGACAGGGUCCCAGGGAGCCACUCGCAAGUACAAGGUGUGGAUGCGGCACCGAUACCAGAGCUGCUGCAAUCGCCUAAGCGAGCUCCUGGCUCACCCCUCCUUCCAGGUCCAGGAGCUGGCUCUUGGUACCCUUAUGAAGUUUGUGCAGCUGGAAGGCUCCCAUCCCCUGGAGAAACCCAAGUGGGAGGGCCACUAUCUGUUUCCCUUCGAGCUCUUCAAGCUGGUGGUGGAGAGCCUGCUGUCCCUGGAGGAGGACCGUGCCCUGCUCCUCUCGCAGUUCCAAGGCUACCUGGAGUACGAUGACAUUCGCUACCACACGAUGAAGGCAGCUGCUGGGACCGUGGCCAGGGUCACUGAUGGACGAGCAGAGGUGCCUCUCCCCUUCUGGAACAACGCUUUCACUCUGCUGUCUGCCGUCAGCCUGCCUCGUCAGGAGGGCACUACGCCAAGCCUCUAUGUGAAGCACACAGAGCCAUCAGACAAGUGGAAGGCAGUGAAUUUGAAGGAACACAGGAAAGCCUUCCAGCUCAUGUGGCUCCGUUUCCUACAGCACAAGCUGCCUGUCAGCCUUUACAAGAAGGUGCUGGUCAUCAUGCACGAGUCCAUCCUGCCCCAGCUGGCCCAGCCCACACUCAUGAUGGACUUCCUUACCAGCGCCUAUGAUGUCGGCGGAGCCAUCAGCCUCUUGGCCCUGAAUGGACUCUUCAUCCUGAUCCACAAACACAACCUGGAGUACCCUGACUUCUACCAGAAGCUCUACAACCUCCUGGAAGCCUCCAUCUUCCACGUCAGAUACCGAGCCCGCUUCUUCUACCUGGCUGACCUGUUCCUGUCGUCCUCCCACCUGCCCGCCUACCUGGUGGCCGCCUUUGCCAAACGCCUGUCCCGCCUGGCGCUCACCGCGCCCCCCGAAGCCCUUCUCAUGGUCCUUCCCUUCAUCUGCAACCUGCUGCGCCGGCACCCCGCCUGCCGUGUCCUCAUACACCGGCCCCAGGGCCCUGAGCUGGACACAGACCCCUACGACCCUGGAGAGCAGGACCCUGCCAAGAGCCGUGCCCUGGAGAGCUCACUGUGGGAGCUACAGGCUCUGCAGAAGCACUACCACCCUGAUGUGUCCAAGGCAGCCAGCGCCAUCAACCAGACCCUGUGCGUCCCCGAGGUCAGCAUCGCACCACUCUUGGAGCUCACGCCCUACGAGGUCUUUGAGCAGGACUUGAAGAAGAAGGUUCCAGAACCCGUGCCUCUGGAAUUCAUCCCCGCCUCAGGCCUGCUGGGCCGGCGGGAGGACUUGUGUGCUCACUACUUCUCACUCAGCUGA